AUGCCUCUCGGACGACAGGGCAUCGUCGGAAAACUGCUCAGCGCAGGCAUCGGGGCUAGCUCGGAGAUGAUCCACCGCGCACGGUCAGGAUCCAGUCAACCCGGCGAAGCUUCUUCUUCUGCUAUGCCCAGAGAUGCCGAGGCCCCUGCAAUCAAAAACCUAGAAGAUGAGUACGAGUAUAUUGAGAAUAUCGACCAAGUCGAAGCGAAGAAGCUCGUCAACUGCGGCGCAGCCGAAUGGGUCGUCAUAGAUGGGAAAGAAGUACUGCGCGUGCAUAAGGAUGAAGCGGCUUGGGAGCUUGAUGAAAUGACCGAGCGUGUAAUGUCGCGUUCCGAGGAGGAGGCUAUGAACCCGGGAGAACGAUUCCAUGUCCUGUUAUUCUUCCGCAGCGGCAACCUCGGAAAGAAGGAUCGUGGGUUUGUGAGAGCGUAUGCUCCGGUCCUUCAAGAUUGCGGAAUUGGUCAAGAUGUGUUCUUGCGAUUCUUGGCCGAUUGGGAGAAAUCUAGCAAGGCGGAUCCUUGGAUCGACGUGGUCUUUGUUGCCGCCGGUAUUGUUGGUCUUGUCCCCCAUGUGGCUACCCAGGUGGUCGGCACAGUGGUCCAAGUCGUGGCUGGCACUGCUCGGGAACUCCAGUCCCGUCAUCGGGGGAAUACGUUCCUUGAUAAAGUCAACCAGGCGCUAUUCAUGCCACGCGGUCUCUACGCCAUGGUGAUGUGCUUCAAAGAUCAAGUACCUGGCCAGCAACGGGGUCUUCUGGCGAAUCUCUCUAAUAAUCUAGGGAAGACUCUCUUUGCAAGCAAAAAGCUUGAUCUCAAUGAGACGAUUGCUAAAUACAGCAAUCCUGAUCCGAAUAUGUCGAGUAUGAGCAAGCAGCUGAAGAACAUUCGCUUGGCGAGCGGCAAGACAUAUGGUCAAGUCGAGCUUCCCGAGUCUGCAGAGCUUGUAUUCCCUGAUCUCGAUCGCGUUGCUGCUCAGGAGCUCGGGAUAAAGACAAAUGAGAAGAGACCUGAGAACUCAGGAGUUCGCGAAAAGUUCAAGGACGCCGGUAUCUGGGUUCAAGACUACAUGGAUCGAAGAGCCCAGGCCUUUUACGAAAGUGAAAAUCCGGGCUCAUCGCUUGUCGUCCCGGCCAGCCAGAGGGAGAGCAUGCAAUCACGAUACAACGACCCCUACCCACGCCGUUAA